AUGGAUGAAUUCAAGGGAAACAGAUUAAACAUGAAGAAAAAAUACAAAGUCAACGAUUUGUCAAAUGUCGAAUUCACGAAAAAUGUCUCUGGAAGUGACAAAGAGAGUUCCUCCGAUACGGAGUUAAAGACAGAGGCAUUGCCUAGUAUAUCAUUUUUCACGCUGUUCAGGUUUGCAAGCACCAGAGAUAAAAUCUUCAUAGUUAUUGGAAUAUUGAGUUCGAUAAUAUGCGGAAUAACAACGCCUUUAAACACGCUACUGUUUGCCUCUCUAUUACAAAGUAUGGUAGACUACGGUAUAUCAGUUGUGAUGGGAACACCACAAAAUGAUGAGUUCCUCAGAGACGUGGGUUACUUCGCGCUGUACAACUGUGCAUUGGGAUUAGUCUUGGUUAUAAUGUCUUACGUAGCAACCGUCUUAAUGAACAUUUCAGCUUAUAAUCAGGUGUAUAAAAUUCGGCAAGAAUAUUUAAAAGCGGCGUUGAAUCAAGAUUUUGAGUACUUCGACAUGCAUCAAACUGGUGAUUUUGCAUCUAAAAUGACUGACGAUGUUGUGAAAUUAGAGGAAGGUAUCGGAGAAAAACUGGGCACAUUUAUAUUUUAUCAGUCAGCUUUUGUUAGUUCCAUAGCGAUGGCGCUCAUCAAGGGCUGGAAGCUUGCACUUCUUUGUUUAGUAACAUUUCCUGUCACUUUGUUCCUGGUCGGCGUCUCAGGACUGAUCGCAUCCCGGCUGUCUAAAAAAGAAGCAGUAGCUUCUGGAAAAGCUAGCGCAGUGGCCGAAGAAGUUCUGUCCUCGAUGCGCACCAUAUAUGCUUUUAGUGGGCAAGAGAAGGAGAAAGAAAGAUACAAAGUGCACCUAGACGAGUCUAGAAGUAUCAAUAUUAAGAAAGGACUUUUCACUGGAUUAUCGAUGGGUUUUCUAUUCUUUUGUAUAUUUUGCUCCUACGCUCUUUCUUUCUGGUUUGGCUACAGACUUAUGGUGGACGAACCAGAGAAUUACGACGUCAAUACAAUGAUAGCUGUCUUCUUUGGAGUUUUGAUGGGUUCUGCUAACUUUGGUAUAUCGUCAACUUUGAUGGAGGUCUUUGGGAUAGCACGUGGUGCUGGUGCACAGAUCUUUAACCUUAUUGAUAUGGUUCCGACAAUAAACCCAAUGUUAAACCGCGGAGUAGUUCCUGACACCAUUGAAGGCAACAUAGAAUUGAAGAAUGUAUAUUUCCAUUAUCCUUCUCGGCCUGAUGUACCUGUUUUGAAAGGUGUGAACAUAAGUGUGAAACGCGGCCAGUCAGUGGCUCUCGUAGGUCACUCCGGUUGCGGCAAGUCUACGAUCAUACAACUUAUAUCCCGAUACUAUGACGCCGUUGAUGGCGGUGUGUAUAUUGAUGACAAAGACGUUCGGGAUCUAUCAGUGCGAUGGUUGCGAGCGCAAAUUGGUCUAGUAGGUCAAGAGCCCGUCCUUUUCAACACGACUGUACGUGAAAACAUACGAUAUGGGCGCGCUGAUGCCACUGAUGCUGAAAUUGAAGCUGUCGCGAAACAAGCUAACGCUCACCGCUUCAUUAUGAAGCUACCUGCGGGAUACGACACGUUGGUGGGUGAACGAGGAGCUUCACUUUCUGGAGGACAGAAGCAACGAAUCGCUAUCGCCCGUGCACUUAUCCGUAAUCCUCAUAUUCUGUUACUCGAUGAGGCAACCAGCGCUCUUGACACGGCUUCAGAAUAUAAAGUACAAGCAGCGCUUGAUAGAGCUCAAGAAGGUCGAACAACUAUAGUGGUUGCUCAUAGACUAUCCACUAUCAGGAACGUAGAUCUCAUAUACGUUUUUAAAAAUGGAACAAUCAUCGAGUACGGAAAUCACGAAGAACUCAUGAAAAUGAAAGGCCAUUACUAUGAUAUGGUGUCGAUACAAACAUCACCAGAAGGCGAUACCACGGAUUCAUCUCAUGCGCUAGUAAGAAAAGAGUCGGAGAUCGUCGAAGAGGAAGAAGAUGAGGAACUCAAGACGGGCGUAGAAGAAAAAGAAGAUAUCAAGAAUGAAGCCCAAAUAUCUUUCUGGCAAAUAAUACGUUUAAAUAGACCUGAAUGGAAGUCAGUAACAGCGGCCAGUAUAGCCUCCGUGUUAAGCGGUUUUGGAAUGCCUUUUUUGGCAAUUAUAUUGGGUGAUUUCGUAGGUGUUCUUUCUAAUCCCAACUCUGAUGAAGUACUUGCUGAAGUAAGAAGAUUUGCGCUUAUUUUCGUUGGUAUAGGUGCAUUUACUGGAAUAUCGAACUUUAUAACAGUCUUUAUGUACGCUAUAGCUGGAGAACAUCUUACAGCUCGACUAAGGCUGCUAAUGUUUGAUACAUUUCUGAAACAAGAAAUUGCAUUCUUUGAUGACAAGAACAACUCAACAGGUGCUCUUUGCGCUCGUUUGUCCGGAGAAGCUGCUACUGUGCAAGGGGCAACGGGACAAAGAAUUGGCACUGUAUUACAAGCAAUGGGAACUUUUAGUUUUGCUCUAACACUUUCAUUGAUCUACGAAUGGAGGGUGGGUUUAGUUGCAUUAACUUUUGUACCAGUAAUCACUGCAAUUUUGUAUAAACAAGGUCGCAUGGUUAGCGCGGAAUCCUUCGGUACAGCGCAGACUAUGCAAAAUAGUUCUAAGAUAGCUGUAGAGGCGGUAGCAAACGUACGUACUGUUGCAUCGUUAGGAAGAGAAGAAACCUUUGUUAACGAAUACGCACGACAACUAACACCAGCAUUACGUAUUGCAAAGCGAACAACACACUGGCGUGGAAUUGUUUUCGGCCUAUCAAGAGGUCUCUUUAACUUUGUGUACGCUGCCGCAAUGUAUUAUGGAGGAACGCUAAUGGUGUAUGACAAUAUUAAUUAUGCAGUUGUUUUAAAAUCGGCACAAGCGUUACUAAUGGGAACUUCUUCAGCAGCCCAGGCUUUUGCUUUUGCACCUAAUUUCCAGAAGGGAAUUAAGGCUGCAGGACGGAUUAUUGUUCUCCUGAGCAAAUCAUCUACUAUAACAGAUCCUGAUAAGCCUGCUAUUGAAAACUUUGUAGGUACAGGCGAGGCUAGUCUCCAAAAUGUAGAAUUUAGGUAUCCGACCCGGCCGCUUAUACAAGUGCUGAAAAAAUUCAAUCUUGAAAUAGAACGGGGCAAAACGUUUGCUUUGGUGGGAGCUAGUGGUUGCGGGAAAAGCACUGUUAUCCAACUCCUUCAAAGAUAUUACGAUCCCAAUGAAGGCAUAGUGGCAUUUGAUGGCAUACCAUUACCAAAACUACGUCUUAAAGACGCUAGACAAUCAAUUGGCUUCGUACAGCAAGAACCUAUACUGUUUGAUAGAACUAUUGGUGAAAAUAUUGCCUACGGUGAUAACUCACGGAAACCAAAUAUGGACGAAAUAAUAUCGGCGGCUAAACAGGCUAACAUUCAUAACUUUAUCGUCUCUCUGCCUAUGGGUUAUGACACAAACAUCGGGUCAAAGGGAACACAACUAUCAGGUGGGCAGAAGCAGCGCAUAGCUAUUGCACGUGCUCUAAUACGACGGCCCAAAAUGCUUUUACUUGAUGAGGCCACCAGUGCACUAGACACCGAGAGUGAAAAGGUGGUGCAAGAGGCGCUGGACGCUGCGAAGGCGGGGCGCACGUGCGUGAUGAUCGCGCACCGCCUGAGCACGGUGCGCGACGCAGACCGCAUCUGCGUGCUGCGCGACGGCAUCGUCGCGGAGAGCGGCACGCACACACAACUCAUGCAGAUGCAAGGACUCUAUUACAAACUCAAUCGACAAGGUCAAACGUAG